AUGUACGAUUAUGCUUGGGUCCAUGUGGUUUACACAAUCCCCAUUGCACUCUUCUUGAGUGUGGUCCUGGCACCAUUGCUGACACGCUUGGAUGUCUACAAAAUCUGCUUCCUAGUCGUGGUCGCAUUUUCAUACACUCUCCCAUGGGAUUCGUACUUGGUCAGAAAUCGCAUAUGGACAUACCCUUCUGAGGCUGUCAUUGGGCCUACCCUCUUCUCAGUCCCGAUUGAAGAAUUGUUCUUCUUCAUUGUACAGACAUAUAUUACCACCUGCUUGCACAUACUUCUAAACAAACCAGUGCUGAAUGCUAUCCACUUACACAAUGAACACACCCAAGGUAAAUUUCGAGUCCAGAAACGAAUGGGCCAAGUGUUCUUCGCAGCCUGCUUCGUCGUCCCGUUGCUGUUGCCGACAGAUCAUCGUGAAGGCACGUAUAUGAAGCUCAUCAUCUGUUGGGUUGCUCCCAUCUUCUAUAUGCUAUGGACCUUCGGCUAUCAACUCCUGCUAAGUCUGCCGGCGUCCAAGACGCUGCUUCCGAUAGCGGUGCCGACACUCUUUCUCUGGGUCGUUGACACCCUUGCCCUUCAAAGGGGCACCUGGAGCAUUGAGUCAGGCACGAAGCUUGGCAUUCACGUAUGGCCUCAUCUCGAAAUUGAGGAAGCCAUGUUCUUCCUUGUUACCAACUCGAUGAUUGUCAUGGGAUCGUGCGCGUUUGACAAUGCGGCCGCCAUCCUUGAUGCCUUCCCAAGCUUGUUUCCGAACGUUCCGGGCAUGCCUUCACCACUACUGAUGCUCCAAGGACUGUUCACGUCAACUUCUCGUUACGACCAAGAUAGAUUAGUUGGCCUCAGGAACGCUUUGGUUGUGUUAUCGAAGAAGAGUCGGUCUUUCUACUUGGCUUCGGGAGUUUUCAGUGGUCGGCUUCGUAUCGACCUCAUCCUGCUUUACGGCUUCUGCAGAGUUGCAGAUGAUCUAAUUGACGAUGCCGCAAGCGCUGAAGAGGCAGAGUCUUGGAUCGCUCAUUUCACCAAUUUCCUGGACGUGAUGUACUCCAGUCAUCGAGAUUCUGCCCGCCUAGAGAAGGCUCUCGUACCAUUUCCUCCAUCCGCACAGACUAUUCUGAGACUUUUGCCAGCAGAAAAGCUGCCCUCACAGCCUUUAUACGCAUUACUCGACGGGUUCCGAAUGGAUCUGGAUUUCACGAACGAGAAAAGUACAGGUCAUCCACCAAUACAGACAGAAAACGAUCUCGAAAAGUAUGCUACAUGCGUGGCUGCCACCAUCGGCGAGCUUUGUUUGAGUCUUGUCUAUGCACACGAUCCUGAUCAACAUUAUCCAGGGGCUCACGACAACCGAGAAGAAUGCACUCAGGCAGGCAUCAAUAUGGGGCGAGUGCUUCAAUAUAUUAAUAUUGUCCGAGAUGUGAAGACGGAUGCAGAGACGGGCAGGUGCUAUAUACCCAACCAAUGGCUCGCUAAGAAGUCUUUGACGCCUCAUGAAAGGGAACAGGAGAUAUUGGACUGCAGGCAGCGGAUUCUAACAGGCGCAUUUGUGACUUAUGCGGCAAACCGAGAUGCGAUUGAGGAGCUUCCCGCAUAUGCCAAAGGCGGUAUCCGUGUCGCAGUGGAGAGUUAUGUCGAAAUUGGCAGAGUCUUACGAAGUCGUAUGCAGAACGGACAGCCCUUGGACUUCGCUGGUGGGGGCAAAGCUGGUCGAGCAAGUGUACCCAAGUGGAGACGGGUGUGGGUGGGCUGGAGAACGAUGGCAGGAAAAAGGGGAAGUAUAUAG